GCCGUAAGUUAUAACACAGUUUUUCAUCUAGACCGUCCAAACUAAAAUAUGCGGUCGCGAUCAUUUUAUGAGAUCUCAUAACAGCAUUAUUCUACACCGUCUGAUCUGUAAUUAAUGGUCAGGAUUUGAAAUUGCGUCAAAAUUAACAGCAGCAAAUCUCAAUCUCUCAUUUUGUCUCUUGAAAUGAAGGAGCUAGAAACUGAGAAAACACUUUGACAUUCUGAAGAAAAAAACAUGUCACUUGUAACAACCACUCCAACUCCAACAAUCAACGACGGACCAAUCAUCGCCGAGGUCGACAUGGGUUCCGAUUUCAACGCACUCACUGUUCGAGCCACUGUUAUUCAGGCUUCCACCAUCUUCUACGACACUCCCGCCACUUUAGAUAAGGCUGAGAGAUUACUGGCUGAAGCUGCUAGCUAUGGUGCUCAGCUUGUUGUAUUUCCAGAAGCAUUUAUUGGUGGCUAUCCGCGUGGUUCUGGUUUUGGUGUUUCCAUUGGUAACCGCACUGCCAAAGGUAGAGAAGAUUUCAGGAAGUAUCAUUCAGCUGCCAUCGAUGUGCCUGGUCCUGAGGUUGAUAGAUUGGCAGCAAUGGCGGGGAAGUAUAAAGUACAUCUAGUGAUGGGUGUAAUAGAGAAGGAUGGCUACACACUUUAUUGUACCGUUCUCUUCUUUGAUUCUCAAGGUCAUUACCUAGGAAAGCACAGGAAAAUCAUGCCGACGGCACUAGAACGUGUUAUCUGGGGUUUUGGGGAUGGAUCAACCAUUCCUGUGUUUGAAACUCAAAUUGGAAAAAUAGGCGCUGCCAUUUGUUGGGAGAACAAGAUGCCGCUAUUAAGAACAGCCAUGUAUGCUAAAGGUGUGGAAAUAUAUUGUGCACCGACUGCUGAUUCCAGAGAACUGUGGCAAGCAUCAAUGGCCCAUAUUGCACAUGAAGGUGGUUGUUUUGUUUUGUCUGCAAACCAGUUCUGUAGGAGGAAGGAUUAUCCACCUGCUCCCGAGUAUGUUUUUGAAGGUUCAGAAGAGGACCUUACACCUGAUUCUGUUGUAUGUGCUGGGGGUAGUGUCAUUAUGUCACCAUCGGGGGCUGUUUUGGCUGGACCAAAUUACGAGGGAGAGGCGCUGAUAACAGCAGACCUAGAUCUUGGUGAAAUAGCAAGAGCAAAGUUCGAUUUUGAUGUGGUUGGACACUAUGCUAGACCUGAAGUGCUCAGCUUGAUUGUCAAGGACCAUCCAACAAUUCCGGUGACUUUUACCUCGGCGUCAACAGAAACUGAAGAGAAGACCAAGUAGUUUCUUCCUUUCGUGGUCAGCAACUUCCGAACCUCCAGUUAUUGAUCUGUAAAAUAAGCAUUUGCACAUAGGUUUGAUUCAGAAUAACUUUUUAAAAUGACUUUGGAUAAUUGGAAAACUCUACUGCAGAAUCAUUUAAGAAGAGAAUCACAAAAUUUUCAUUUAAAAAAAAAAAAAGUGAUAAAUGCUCAAUCUUAUGCUUGUAAUCUCUCCAUGGUUUUUCAAAGUAAGCUUUCACAGAAGGCAAAGCAAUUAAAAUGAUUGUUGUUUCUGUAAACUACUUAUUACUGAUAUUUAUUAAACUUGCUUAUUUUAUGUCGCA